GUCACAUGACAGAGGAAUAUUGCUCAGCCACUUCAGGAACAGUUCGACGCUCAAAUUAGAAUUGUUUCCGGUUAAAUUGGGGUCAAACAAAGGGGAUUGCACAUUACAAGACAUCACAAUGCUUAUACGAAGAGUGUUACAAUGUGGAGUGACAGCUUUAAAGUCACACAGGACCAUUCACCACAGUGCUCAAUGGAGGAGUCCUCUCGUACCUAUCGUUGUGGAGCAGACGGGUCGAGGAGAGCGUGCGUAUGACAUCUACUCUCGUCUUCUGAGGGAGAGGAUCAUCUGUGUAAUGGGGCCGAUUGAUGACUCUGUGGCCAGUCUGGUUAUUGCUCAACUACUCUUUCUGCAGUCAGAGAGCAACAACAAACCCAUCCACAUGUACAUCAACAGUCCUGGCGGUGUUGUGACGGCAGGCCUGGCCAUCUACGACACCAUGCAGUACAUCCUCAACCCAAUCUCCACGUGGUGUGUGGGCCAGGCGGCCAGCAUGGGCAGUCUUCUCCUAGCUUCGGGCACGGCCGGCAUGAGGCACUCCCUGCCCAACGCCCGCAUCAUGGUGCACCAGCCCUCCGGAGGAGCCAGGGGUCAGGCUACAGACAUCGCCAUUCAGGCUGAGGAGAUCAUGAAGCUAAAGAAACAGAUCAAUCAACUCUACGCUAAACACACUGGCCAGCUGUUGACACAUAUAGAGAGUGUGAUGGAGAGAGAUCGUUACAUGAGCCCCAUUGAGGCACAGGACUUUGGGAUCAUCGACCGAGUGUUGGUGCAUCCUCCCCAGGCGGGCCAGGAUGACCCAGAGCUGGUCCAGAAGGAGCCCCCUACCGCCAUCUGCCCCUCGCCAGCCUCCGCCACCGAGCAGAGCCCCCCCCCCGGGACCAACCCCCCCUCCUCAUACAAACCCGAACCCUGACCUCAGACUACCAGGAAGCAGUCCCACACCAAUCACAAGCCAUCCUCUAUCUUCUAACCACCUAAAGGCACUUCUGUAGAUCGGAAUGGAUUGGACAGGUGCAAGCAUAUGCUGAUGUCCCGUAAAUCCAAAUGUAUUGGAGUGGAUACUAAUAUGCGAGAAGUUACAGCGUAGCCUACCAGAGGGCAAAGUGGAGCUAUUACUAUAUUGCUUAUACCUGUCCCAUCCUUUAAUUUACAGAAGUGCUCUGGGUGGAUAGGGGCCGGUUUGGAACAGAGGACAUGCAUUGUAUACCUCUAUGCUGGAUAAACCUCUGGGAGAGGCAAAAUGCAGCAGUAUUAGAAUAUUUACAUUUAAGAAUGAUCAUUUUUGACCAAUCUUAGAUUUGUACUGUCCCCCAUAAUAUGCACAUUGUAUUUACCACAAACAAAGACUGCAGAUCUCUACAGUGAAGGAAACAAUAUAGCCCCCAUUUGUACAAGCCAUGACACAAUUGUGAUGUUGAUUUUCACGAACUGGAAUAAAAUACAUUUUCUUUGAGUCACACACCCAACCUGGGCCUGUACUCAUAAAGCAUCUAAGAGUAGGAGUGUUGAUCUAGGAUCAGUUCCUCCUGUCCAUGCAAUCUUAUUCAUUGUGACAGACAAGGCAAAACGGAUUCUAGAUCAGCACUCCUACUCUUAAUGCUAUACGAAUACAGGCUCUGAUGUAAAAACGGAUUAUAAUUGUAUCAACGUGUGAUUUGAGUCUGUAACAAGUGUUUUGAUUGCCUCAGUGAUGAGAUCAACUGAGCCGUUUUCUUUUGCAAUAUACAGAAGUCAGAAGUUUACAUACACCUUAGCCAAGAAGUGUACAUACUCAAUUAGUAUUUGGUAGCAUUGCCUUUAAAUUGUUUAACUUGGGUCAAAUGUUUUGGGUAGCCUUCCACAAGCUUCCCACAACAACUUGGGUGAAUUUUUGCCCAUUCCUCCUGACAGAGCUGGUGUAACUGAGUCAGGUUUGUAAGUCUCCUUGCUCGCACAUGCUUUUUCAGUUCUGCCCACCAAUUUUCUAUAGGAUUGUCAGGGCUUUGCGAUGGCCACUACAAUACCUAGACUUUGUUUUCCUUGAGCUAUUUUGCCACAACUUUGGAAGUAUGCUUGGGGUCAUUGUCCAUUUGGAAGACACAUUUGCGACUAAGCUUUAACUUCCUCAUGUCUUGAUGUUGCUUCAAUAUAUCCUCAUGAUGCCAUCAAUUUUGAGAAGUGCACCAGUCCCUCCUGCAGCAAAGCACCCACACAACAUGCUGCAACCCCCGUUCUUCACGGUUGGGAUGGUGUUCUUCAGCUUGCAAGCGUCCCCCUUUUUCCUCCAAACAUAAUGAUCAUUAUGGCCAAACGGUUCUAUUUUUGUUUCAUCAGGCCAGAGGACAUUUCUCCAUGUGCAGUUGCAAACUGUAGUCUGGCUUUUUUAUGGAGGUUUUGGAGCAGUGGCUUCUUCCUUGCUGAGCGGCCUUUCAGGUUAUGUCGAUAUAGGACUCAUUUUUACUGUGGAUAUAGAUACUUUUGUACCGGUUUCCUCCAGCAUCUUCACAAGGUCUUUUGCUUUUGUUCUGGGAUAGAUUUGCACUUUUCACACCAAAGGACAAUCAUCUCUAGGAGACAGAACGCGUCUCCUUCCUGAGCGGUAUGACAGCUGCGUGGUACCAUGGUGUUUAUACUUGCGUACUAUUGUUUGUACAGAUGAACGUGGUACCUUCCGCCAUUUGGAAAUUGAUCCCAAGGAUGAACCAGACUUGUGGAAGUCUACAAUUGUUUGAGGUCUCGGCUGAUUUCUUUUGAUUUUCCCAUGCUGUCAAACAAAGAGGAACUGAGUUUGAAGGUAGGCCUUGAAAUACAUCCACAGGUACACCUCCAAUUGACUCAAAUGAUGUCAAUUAGCCUAUCAAGCUUCUAAAGCCAUGACAUAAUUUUCCAAGCUGUUUAAAGGCACACUCAACUUAAUGUAAACUUCUGACCCACUGGAAUUGUGAUACAGUGGGUCAGUGAAAUAAUCUGUAAACACCUUUUUGGAACAAUGACUUGAGUCAUGCACAAAGUAGAUGUCCUAACCGACUUGCCAAAACUAUAGUUUGUUAACAAUAUUUUUUUUUGGAGUGGUUGAAAAAUGAGUUUUAAUGACUCCAACCUAAGUGUAUGUAAACUUCCGACUUCAACUGUACAUGCGACUUGUGUAAGCCUAGAGUGCCUCACUGUCAGUGACUAGGGGGAUUUUGGAGAUAAAGCCUCUCUUGUAAGAGUGAGUUUUAAUCAAGUCAUGAUGAAAAUGUUUAAAGAGUGGGAUUUUGUCUCAUUGAUAUUGAAAUGUUUGUCAGUCACCUUAAAUUCAAAAAGUUAUUGAGUAAAGCACUAAUGAUGCAAUGACUUGCAAAGAAAAGCAACAUGCUGGGAUGAGGGAGAAUGGGGAAAUAACAGUACAAUUGACACUUAAAGUAUAAGCCAACAAAUAUAUUCAUGUAAAGUAAGGUUUUAUUAGUUAAUGUCUUCUGAACAAAACUUUUAAAAUCAAAAACAUCCACCACCUAAUAUGUCACACAGAGUCUUAACAAAACCCAGUAAAAGUGUUACAUAAGACCGUUCUGUGAACUAUACUAACCCCAUGGUAAACAAUGGGGGUCUUGUGCAACAGUGCUAAAAACCCUUUACCUCUCCAGACCCUGGUAGCCAGUGCAUUUCAAACUCUGGGGAAACAUUUCAAUAUAGUGGCUUCCACUCAUCUAUUCUGAUCUGAUGGGUCAAAGCAAGACGAGUGGAAGAAGCAGGUUUAGACCAUUGUGAUGUAGCAGUGAACACACAGAACUGAAACCACACCCUGGGUGGAUUGCAAUAGCGGCUCUCCUUCCCUUCAGCUGCAAAGAUUUGAAAGAACAGGACAGGUGAAAGCCAUUGGCAUCUACUACAUUACUUUCACCUUUCUUCAGUUUUCCAUUUCAUGGUAAAGGAGAGGAGACAAGGGAAGGAAGCCAAUUAAGACUUGAGAUGCAGCCUGUGUCCCUCCCUUGGUUUAACCUGGUUAAACCAGAACCACAGGUAGCACCUCUUUCCCCCUUUCUCACAGCUCUUUUCUGCUGACUCAAUGGCCCUAUACAAGUACAGCCUUCUUUUCAAGUACUCAAACCAAACAGGCCCACUGAAACUGACUUGUGACAAACAGUUAAUGGAGAGGGCACACUGCAGCACACAAGCCAAGCAAUCCACAGGUUGUGUUAGCAAAAAGGAGUAAGCCUAUACAACAACAAUCUCAGUCGCUUCCAUUUAAAAAUCUGGGGUUUGUAAGUUGGCCUGCUGGCUGUUUAGAAGCAGUAAUCUAACAUGCUCUGCUGCUGCUACUUCCUCCUUGACAUGGAGGGGGAAACAU